AGAAAUCUGUGUAUAAUAAAUUGAUAUUGGACAAAAAAUUUUGAUCAAAUACAUGUUGCAAUCAAGAUACAAUAUGAAUCGAUAAAUGACAUCACACACUACAGAUCGAACUAUGGGUGUGGGUGUGGGUCAGAGAUGAGCACAGGACAGGACGGUCCUGGCGUCCUGGUGUCCUGCCCUGUCCUGUCCUGCAGGACAGGACGCGAUCUUGAUUUUUGUCCUGUCCUGCCGCCCGCCAGGACAGAGAUUGCCAACAGGACAAAACAGGACAGGACGUGAUUUUGAUUUUUGUCCUGUCCUGCCGCCCGCCAGGACAAAGAUAACGAUUACAACAGGACGGAACAGGACAGAAAAAUUUCUCGUGUGAAUUUUCUCGUUCUUUUGUUAUUUGUAUUUGUUAAACAACUAUCACUUUCGACCGGUCACUUUUUAACAGUCGACGUAUGUGGUGAUUGAUAGGUAUCGCUAUGAGGAUGAAUCAUAACACUAAUUAAAAUAUUGGUUGAAAAAAAAGCGCCAAUUAGAUGUAGUCAUUGAUGAUUCAGAAAUUUUACGUUAGAAUAUGAAGAGAAAGCAACACCAAACAAAUGUUCUUUGUUCUUUUCGUCUUGAACGUUUUUUAUUUUACUUUGUAUUUCAUUUGUUUCUAUUUACUGACUCUCAAAAUAAAUAUUCAGCAUGGGGUUUAGUAAAGUUUCAUCAUCGUCGAACAUAUUAUAUUUCUCAAAAUUGAACAAUUACCUAAAUACGAAACAGAAAUAUAAUAUUACAAAAAAGAAUUCUCAACAGCAUUAAUAAAUUUGUCAAAAUUCUUUGGUUAUUCAGGAAAACUAACUAAAUAUAGCGUAUUUCAAAGAAUGAUAGGAUAUAUUUUUUUUUUUAAAUCUUUAUAGUAUACGUUUAUUCAUUCAUGAAAAUAGCUGUUUUUUGUGAUAAUAGUCUAUGCUGUUGCUACUUUUCAUAGACAGUAUCUAGUAUAAAAUAAAAUAAUUAUAUUACAACGAAUCAUGGUCAUUGUUUUCUAUUUUUUUUCUUGUCAUGAAUGUGUCAGCAAGAUAAAAAAUUAAUAUUUUACUAUAUUUUAUUCUACUUAUCAAAUAAGUGAUGAUAUAUAGUGUAUUUCCAGUAUUUGAGAAUAGUAAAGAAUAAAUUAGGUAUAAUAUGAAUGAUAUCAAUAUUUGCUUUGAUAAACGACAGGGACGUGCCCAAAUAAAAAAGGGUACGGGUAUCCUAAGUAUACACCCCUGCACUCUUCCUCAGGAUAAAGUUCUUACAUUAAGAUUUCAAAACAAACGUUCUAGCACAGUUUCACUAUAGCAAAGCAGUACUUUUCAAAAUUUGAGGGCGUGGGCCCUCCUUAUUCCUUAUCAGCACAGUCCUGAUCAACGAUAGACAGAUUAGGAAAUCGUGAUCGACUCUCUGUCUCUCGAAAAAAAUAAAAUGAAUUAGCAAAAAACACUAGGAAAAAGUUUUCAUUAUUCUCCUAUCAGUGGGUGGAACGGAAAAAGUCAGCAGGACAAAGCAGGACAGGACAAAAACAGGACAGGACGCGGUUUUGAUUUUUGUCCUGUCCUGCCGCCCGCCAGGACAGAGAUUGUCAACAGGACAAAACAGGACAGGACGCGAUUUUGAUUUCUGUCCUGUACUGCCGCCCGCCAGGACAGAGCUGGCUAACAGGACAGGGCAGGACAGGACGAAAAAUCUUGUCCUGUGCUCAUCUCUGGUGUGGGUGUACUUUCAUAAAUGAACCAUACUCACACCCACACCCACACCCACAUCCAUCAUUAGCUGUACAACAAUUAGAAUUUGUUGUUGUUAAACAUAAGGCUGAUUGUACAUAUGUUGAUGCUGAUGGACGAAAUGCAUUUCAUUAUUUAGCAUCGAAUCUAUGCAAUCAAACAUCAAAUAGUUUAAGUGACAAAGGAGAAAAUAAUUUUAAAAAAUUCUGUUUUCAAAUGGCACAAAUAUUACUCGAUCACAAAUGUAAUCCUCUUCAAAUGGAUAAUAAAUAUCAAACAUCAUUAAUGCUAGCUCUUGAAUUAAAUUCUGACAUUAAUCAUGAUGGUAAAACAAUAUUACAUUUUUUUGCAAUGAAUUGUGAUCAUAAUCAACUUGUUCAAACAUUAAUUAGUUUAUCUCCGACGAAUGAAUUGAAAAACAAAUGGGUCAAAUGA